UGACGCAACCUGGUCCCGGCGACAGGCAGGGGUACGCAGCCGCAGAGCCGUGCCUGCUGCGGCGCAUGUGCGCCCUCUCUCCCCCCGCCCCCCCGCCCUGUGCCGUUCUGCUCCAUGGGACGCGAGCUGCUUUUUCCCUGCAGCCCGGGGGAGGAGAAAGAGGAAGAUGCCGGGAAAGCUGAAGGUCAAAAUUGUGGCAGGGCGCCAUUUGCCUGUGAUGGACCGCGCUAGUGACCUGACUGACGCCUUCGUGGAGGUAAAAUUUGGAAAUACAACAUUUAAGACAGAUGUGUAUCCCAAAUCACUUAAUCCUCAGUGGAAUUCUGAGUGGUUCAAAUUUGAAGUAGAUGAUGAAGAGCUACAAGAUGAACCUCUCCAGAUCACAGUUCUUGAUCAUGAUACCUACAGUGCUAAUGAUGCCAUUGGCAAAGUGUACAUAGAUAUUGAUCCUUUGCUCUAUAGUGAAGCAGCUACAGUUAUUUCAGGAUGGUUUCCAAUUUAUGAUACCAUUCAUGGUAUACGUGGGGAGAUCAAUGUGGUGGUGAAAGUAGAUCUCUUCAAUGAUUUAAACAGAUUUAGACAGUCAUCCUGUGGAGUCAAGUUUUUUUGCACUACAUCUAUUCCUAAAUGUUACAGAGCAGUAAUAAUUCAUGGAUUUGUGGAAGAACUUGUAGUUAAUGAAGACCCAGAAUACCAAUGGAUAGACCGAAUUCGUACACCAAGGGCAUCGAAUGAGGCUAGACAAAGACUUAUUUCACUCAUGUCAGGUGAAUUGCAGAGGAAGAUUGGCUUGAAGGUGCUUGAAAUGAGAGGAAAUGCUGUUGUUGGUUACUUGCAGUGUUUUGAUUUGGAGGGAGAGUCUGGACUAGUAGUGCGAGCCAUAGGAACAGCCUGUACGUUGGAUAAAAUAAGUAACACAUCAGCAUUUUUACCUGCAUGUAACUCCCCAUCCAAAGAAAUAAAGGAGAUUCCCUUCAAUGAAGAUCCCAAUCCCAAUACUCAUUCAUCAGGACCCUCCACCCCUCUGAAAAACCAAACCUAUUCCUUUUCACCUUCCAAGUCCUACAGUCGACAGUCCUCUUCUUCUGACACAGAUUUGAGUUUGACACCCAAAACUGGAAUGGGCAGUGGGAGUGCUGGAAAAGAAGGGGGGCCAUUUAAAACUCUUUUAAGACAACAGACUCAGUCAGCUCUGGAACAAAGGGAAUUUCCAUUUUUUACCUUGACGACCUUUCCACCAGGCUUUCUCGUCCACGUUGGUGGUGUUGUCAGUGCACGGUCUGUGAAGCUUCUGGAUCGCAUUCACAAUCCUGCCUUUGUCGGAAUUAUGGGUAACACAAGAUCAUACAAACUGCUAGACUGGAAUAGUUUCAAUUCAGAUGAACCAGAGACACGAGAUGCAUGGUGGGCAGAAAUCAGACAAGAAAUAAAAUCCCAUGCCAAGGCAUUGGGUUGUCAUGCUGUAGUGGGCUACAGUGAAUCAACUAGCAUUUGUGAAGAGGUCUGUAUUUUGUCCGCGUCUGGCACAGCAGCUGUACUGAACCCUAGGUUUCUUCAGGAUGGCACCAUGGAAGGCUGUUUGGAACAAAGGUUGUCAUGGCAGCCUGGCUUCUUUUCCAUAGGGUCAGAGAAGGGAGAGGUUGAUUUUUUUCCCCAGAGCCAAGAUAGUUCUUCUCUAUUAGGGAUUGAAGAAGCUUCACCACCAGGUUGUGGAUUUUGCCAUAUACCAUAUGAUGAAUUGAACAUGCCAUUCCCUGCUCACCUCACUUAUUGUUACAACUGCAGAAAGCAAAAAGUUCCUGAUGUCCUUUUCACUACAAUUGAUCUUCCUGUAGAGGCAAUAGUUAUUGGGAAGGGAUGUCUUAUUCAAGCCAGGUUAUGCCGUCUAAAGAAGAAAGCUCAAGCUGAAGCAAAUGCGACAUCUAUCAGUAAUCUCUUGCCAUUUAUGGAAUAUGAAGUGCACACCCAACUGAUGAAUAAACUUAAGCUGAGAGGAAUGAAUGCUUUGUUUGGGCUGAGAAUUCAGAUCACUGUGGGUGAAAAUAUGCUAAUGGGGUUAGCAUCUGCAACAGGUGUGUAUCUAGCAGCUCUGCCAACACCUGGUGGUAUUCAGAUUGCUGGGAAGACUCCAAAUGAUGGCACUUACGAGCAGCAUAUAUCACACAUACAAAAGAAAAUAAAUGAUACUAUAGCAAAAAACAAGGAACUUUAUGAGAUUAAUCCUCCAGAGCUACCUGAAGAAAUCAUUGGGUCUCCCAUUCCAGAGCCAAGACAACGUUCCAGGUUAUUAAGGUCUCAAUCAGAAAGCUCUGAUGAAGUUACAGAGCUAGACCUUUCACAUGGGAAAAAGGAUGCUUUUGUCUUGGAGAUUGAUGAUACAGAUGCAAUGGAAGAUGUACACUCUUUACUGACAGAUGUUCCACCACCUUCUGGUUUUUACAGUUGCAACACAGAAGUUAUGCCUGGUAUAAAUAACUGGACACCAGAAAUUCAAAUGUUCACAGCAGUAAGAGUAUCCAGAUUAAGCAACAUUAACCUAACAAAUCAAACCCUUAAUAAGAACUUUAAUGAUCUCUGUGAGAAUCUGUUGAAGAGCUUGUAUUUUAAACUUCGAUCUAUGGUUCCCUGCUGCCUUUGUCAUGUAAAUUUUACAGUUGCUCUACCAGAGGACGAAUUAGUUCAGAUCGCAGUCACAGCUGUUGCAAUUACAUUUGACAAAAACCAAGCAUUACAAGCCAACAAAACCCCUACAGAAAAAUCACAGCAAAGAGCAUCUACAGACAAUGAAGAGCAGCUACAAUUUCCAUUGGAACUUUGCUCAGAUCCCCUUGCUUCUCAACCAUUCUCACCAGCUAAAGAAGAAAGCUGUUGUCCUCUACUACUUGACUCUGCUCAUAUAUUAAUUAAUUUUGUCUUAUUAGAAGUCCUGGAAGGUGCAAGUUCCCACACAGGUAUUCCUGCUGCUCAGAGAGCAGCGUCAGUUGAUUACAGUUCCUUUGCAGACAGAUGCAACAGCUGGAUAGAGCUCAUUAAACUGAAAGCUCAGACCAUAAGGCGCGGAUCAAUUAAGACAACAGCUUCCCUUGAUAAAGCAAGUCCAUUGGCUGAGGGAUACUUAAGGCACCGUUCUGUUCCAUCAUGCACCAAUUCUACCAUCUCAGUUGUUAAGAUGACGCCACUUUCUUUUCUACCUGGGGCAAAAAUAACCAAGUAUCUUGGGAUAAUCAACAUGUUUUUUAUACGAGAAACCACUUCUUUGCGUGAGGAGGGUGGUGUCAGUGGUUUUCUCCAUGCUUUUAUUGCUGAAGUUUUUGCAAUGGUGAGAGCUCAUGUUGCAGCUUUAGGGGGGAAUGCUGUUGUCUCGUACAUAAUGAAGCAGUGUGUUUUCAUGGAGAAUCCAAACAAAAAUCAGGCUCAGUGUUUAAUAAACGUCAGUGGUGAUGCAGUCAUCUUUGUACGUGAAUCUGAGUUAGAAAUGUUACCAGUACAACCUUCUACGCUUGUUUCUCAACCCACAAGUUCUGGAGGAGAUGUUACAACAUGAAGACAGAAGAAGUUGAAGUAGGCCCUGCCAAAUAAAAAGUUUAUUUAAAAUGUGGGAAUGUUUAGGUUUGCAUCUUCAAAAUCAGCAUUUUCCUGUAGCAUGAACAGCCAAAAUCUAAGACAAUCUCUAUAUGUUGUCCUUUAUGUAAUAGGGCAGCAAAUGGGCAGGGAUGCUUUGAUUCUUUUGUUAUAAUUUCAAGCUGCUGUGAAACCUAGACAGUAGGUGAAGCACUGAUAUGAGAGUAUGGAUUAAAAUAGUAGGCAUCACAUGGUACUGUGAAAGUAAACAAAAAUUCUGUUCCAUUUUUAGCUGUUCAACAGGACCAUGAUAAGUUGUAAUUCAGAACCAUUUCUGAGUUUGCGUAUUGUAUUAGCUGAUUCUCAGCUCAGUUUAAGAAAUAAAAGGGGUCAGGGUGGGUGCGAGAUAACUGAGAAGCCUGUAUUAGCAACUGUUGCUGAAGGAGUGAGAGAUUUGUGCACAGGCUAAGAAAAUGUGGGCUGAAGUCUGAACUUACCUUAGAUCAUAGAGCGUGAAGCAGAAGCAGCAGCACCAAAAAGUCAGUUUGAAUUUCUGUGCACUAAAAAUAUUUUUCAGCUGUUUGCGAAUUGCUGAUAUUUUUAAAAAUUAUUACUAUACAGCAUAUGUUUUGGAUGGGUGUUUUGGGGUAUUUUUUGUCAUUUGUUUUUGUUUUUAAAAGGUGCCAGACCAUGAUGCUAUGUUCCUAGUCAUCCCUAUGGUUAAAAAAGAAAAAAAGAACAAAAAGUUCCAAAGUGUGUUUGGUGCUAUUAUAAGAUGUUCACUUCAGUACUGACAAAAUGGAUCUGUUGUUUUGUUUUUUUUAAUACAAGAUUCUGUGAAAGAAUUACCCUGAGACAUAUUUUCUUCAGGCAUGAUCUUUUGUAAGGAUAAUGUAAACAGUCCUCCAGAAGUCAGUCAUACAGAGGUAUACUCCACCCUCCUUUGCAUUUAACAAGUUGGAAAUGGGUGAUGUAUGUUUGUAAUGCUGGUUUCUACAAGUUGGUUUUGGUUUGUUGUUUGGGGUUUUUUUUCCCCCAGUACAGUAGCUGGGAAAUGAUGGUACUGCAAAGAAAGGAAAUUUGUAAUUUCCAGUAAAUAUCUGAAAGAUGGUGAUAUUUUAAUGUAAAAAAUGAAAACUUUGAUUUGAAGAUGCAUUGUUACUUAAUUCUGACAAUACCAUAUAUGGAACUUGAACAAACAUGUAAACUUGAAUGUAAAUAUUCUGCUUAGUGUUGAAAUUAAGCAUUGGCAUGAUUACAUGUUAAAACUAAUUAUUUCAUUGUAAAUGAGCAUGGAAAUCAUACUUGCACAAUAAAUUCCUUUAUAAAAUUUAUUGCCUUUUUAUGUGUGUAAUAGUUAAAUGUGUACUCUGGAUACAUAUUAAAGAUGUCUCAGUCCCAUUCUCCUCAGAGAAAAAUUUUUUUAUAUAGGAUGUUACAACCUGAUUAUUUAAAAUUUGGACAGGUAAUUGUAUUUGAAGUGUUUGAAUUAGGUGCUUACCAGAACACUUGUCUUAUACAGUUGUCUUUCUAAAUUUUGUAGCUGUUGCAACCAGAGCUGCCAUAAACUUGUCACCUAUAAAUAGUUGCAGCUCUCUUAAUUAUUUUGCAAGGCAAAUCUUGUUUCCCUUGAAGCUGAUGUCAGAAUAUUAAUAACUUCAGAAGGUCUUGAAUCUGGUACAAGAAGUUGUUUUCUAAGUAUUCAGCAUGGAAAUAUUCUCUGAAGUAGCACAUUAAAUUAUCUUUU